GCGAUGGCGACGUCCGGGGGGCUCGUGGCUUGGUGCAUGGAGCAGCUCCGCGGCGGCUUCGGGCUGGAUGUCGGCGAGGAGCUCGUCCAAUACAUCUUAUGUAUCGACAAUGAGGAGGAGAUCCGGGAGUAUGUCACUGACCUUGUCCAGGGGACAGAUGGCAAGAAGCAGCAGUUUGUGGAUGAGCUCGUAGCCCGAUGGCAAAGGUCCUGCCAGACCACAACAUCCGACCCGCUGCCAUCCUAUCGGAAAAAAGAUGAUAUGUUAGAGGCUCCUCGGUCAGGAGACCAAGCCAAGAGGGGACGGCGCAAAGGGAGGAACAAGCAGGAAGUCCCUGUUCAUGUUGAAACCGACCAGCCGACGGAGGAAGUAAAAACUCCUCUUGAUUUAGCUAAGGCCCAAGAGAUGAACACCAGCAGCAACGCUUCCUCCAAGAAGAAGGCCAAAUACGUCAACUUGUACACGAAGGAAGGGCAGGACAAGCUGGCGGUCAUGCUGCCCGGGCGCCACCCCUGCGAGUGCCUGGCCCAGAAGCACAGGCUCGUCAACAACUGCCUGACAUGCGGGCGGAUCGUCUGCGAGCAAGAGGGCUCCGGGCCCUGCUUGUUCUGUGGCACUCUGGUAUGCACAAAAGAAGAACAGGAUAUCCUGCAGCGCGAUUCCAACAAGAGCCAGAAGCUGCUGAAAAAACUCCUUGGAGGCACUGAGAGUUCUGGGAAGGUGGAAGUCAGCGGCAAGGACUUGCUUCCCCGUCAAGAGGCCCGGCUCAAGGCGGGUCUGGAGACAGCCGUGAAACACAAGGACAAAUUGCUGGAGUUUGACAAAACAAGCGUGCGCCGAACUCAAGUGAUCGACGACGAGUCGGACUACUUUGCGGCGGACUCCAACCAAUGGCUGUCCAAGCAGGAGCGGGAGGCCCUGGAGAAGCGGGAGAAGGAGCUGCGGGAGCUGCGGCACGCCUCUCGGCUCUCCCGGAAAGUCACCCUCGACUUUGCCGGCCGGCAGGUCCUGGAGGAGCACGACAGCUUGGCGGAAUAUCACAGCAAAUUGGACGAAACGAUUGAAGCUCUUCAGAGCGGUACCUUGACCAAGGCGAGGGGAAGCUCGGAAGGGAAACACGGCGAACCCGGAGUCCUUGUGAAUCCAAACCUUCUCCAGCCAGCCCCUGUGUGGGUGGAACAGACGGGCUCGCUCACUCACAGGAAAAUUGGCCUGUUCACGGAAACCAAGAGCGAGGCCGACUCGGAAAGGAGCCGCUUACGGAUUCAGGACCGAGAGAUACAGGAGAUCUCGGAUGAUGGCCAGUGUCUGAGCAUGCAUCAGCCUUGGGCCUCGUUGCUGGUCAAAGGGAUCAAACGGGUCGAGGGCAGGACUUGGUACUCAGCGCUCAGGGGCCGGCUGUGGAUAGCGGCUACAGCCAAGAGACCAUCCCCACAGGAGAUCGCUGAAGCGGAGGCCAGCUACAAAGUCCUGCUUCGGAAAGAUUUGGAAUUUCCCAAAGAUUAUCCCUCCAGCUGCCUGCUCGGCUGCGUGGACUUGAUUGACUGCUUGUCGCAGGAGCAGUUCCGUGAGCAGCAUUCGCAACUGAGCCAGGAGUCGGCUUCCCCAUUUGUCUUUGUCUGUUCUAAUCCUCAGGAGAUGGUAGUCAAGUUUCCCAUCAAAGGCAAACACAAAAUCUGGAAGCUGGACCCGAAUGUUCAUCAGGGAGCGAAGAAGGGAUUGAUGAGGCAGAAAGCGGCAGCCGGAGCGGAGGGGUUCCAACCCUGA